CCCUCCGGAAUUGUUUACUAACUCGAAAAUUGCAAGAAUUACGAUCUAUCACGUGUCGCUUCAAGAAGCUAUUCAGCACACGUGUUCCGGUCAUCGGCUAAUUAUGAAAUUCCCUCCCUAAAUUCCUCAAGGACAUCCGCCAUCUUGGUUCUCUAAUUUCAGGGAGGGCAGAAAACCGCGGUCGCCACGGACCGACAGUGCAACCAAUAGAACAAAACAAUUCUGACGCGUAGAAACCUGUUUUGCAGAUUGAUGCUCGAUUGUGUAAUGAUAUGGAGAGGUAAAUAAAUAGGGGAGUCCUAUCUGGAGCAAAAAGUAAGAGUGGAAACGCGCGGGAGUGAAAAUAUACGGAAACUUGUUGGACCAAGUGGAACAAUGUCACAAAACACUGAACCUGAUCUUAUUGUCACAAACAGCAAAGGGAUUUUAAAAGUUACUCUCAAUAGGCCCUCAAAAAAGAAUGCUCUGACUAUACUGAUGUACAAAAAGCUCGCUGACAUAAUAAAUGGCUCAGUAGAAAAUGCUAAUAUUUGUAUGCUAGUAAUAACUGGAAAAGGCGAUUUUUUUUGCAGCGGAAGUGACUUUCCUGAUGCCAUGUCUUCCGAAAUUAAAAAUCCCAACGAAGUAUUUAAAGAAUUUGUCGAUGCGAUGAUCACUUACCCUAAACUAUUGGUAGCAGUUGUGAAUGGACCAGCAAUUGGAAUUGGGACAACGAUGCUUGCCCUUUUUGACAUAGUUUACGCAUCCGAAAAGGCAUAUUUUUCUACUCCAUUCGCUAAUUUGGGACUUGUGGCGGAAAGUUGUUCGAGUUAUACAUUUUCACGAAUCAUGGGAAAAGCAAAGGCUGGAGAAAUGCUUUAUUUUUGUCAUAAAAUGAGCGUUGAAGAAGCCAGAGAAUGUGGUUUUAUCAGUAAAAUUUAUAAAGACGAUUCUGUGGAUAAAGUUUGGAAGCGUUUGGAAAAUAUGGCAACAAAUAUGUCCUUCGAGAGUUUCCGGGCGAUAAAAAAAUUAGUGAAACGAUGGAAUCAGGAUCUUCUGUUGCGAGUGAACGCUGAAGAAGUGCAAGAAUUGGAGGAACGUUAUAAAUCCGAAGACUUUGUUAAUCGCGUUAUGACUUUUUUUACUAGAAAAAGUAAAAUGUAAGUAGGAUGCGGAUGUUAUUUUUAUAUUCUAUGGAUUUUAAUUUGGGCUCUUAAAUAAAUAUUUUUAUAUUUCGUUA